CUCGAAAUGACUCUAAACACUGGAAAUAUCAAUUUUAAAUGGGAUCCGAAGAGCUUAGAAAUACGUACCCUUGCAGUGGAGCGACUGCUUGAGCCUCUUGUUACGCAGGUAACAACCUUGGUAAACACCAGCAACAAGGGGCCUUCAAACAAAAAGAAAGGUCGUUCUAAGAAAGCUCAUGUAUUGGCUGCCUCAGUUGAACAGGCAACUCAAAACUUCUUGGAAAAAGGAGACAAGAUAGCCAAGGAUAGUCAGUUUCUCAAACAGGAACUCAUAGAUGCUGUUGAAGAUGUCCGCAAGCAAGGGGAAGUAAUGAGAAGUUCUUCUGGAGAAUUUGCUGAUGAUCCAUGCUCCUCGGUCAAGCGUGGCAAUAUGGUGCGAGCAGCACGUGCCUUGUUGUCGGCUGUUACAAGGUUACUUAUUCUGGCUGAUAUGGCAGAUGUAUACAAGCUGCUUGUUCAACUGAAAGUGGUUGAAGAAGGUAUUGUAAAACUAAGAAAUGCUGGAACAGAGCAAGAAUUGGGAAUACAGUAUAAAGCAUUAAAAGCUGAAGUGGAGAAGUUAAAUUUAAUGACUGCAAAACGCCAACAGGAGUUGAAAGAUAUUGGCCACCGGGAUCAGAUGGCUGCAGCUCGUGGAAUUCUGCAAAAAAAUAUUCCGAUCCUUUACACUGCUUCCCAGGCUUGUCUGCAGCAUCCUGAUGUAGCAGCCUACAAAGCAAACAGAGACUUGAUCUACAAACAGCUCCAACAAGCAGUCACUGGCAUCUCAAAUGCAGCUCAGGCCACAUCAUCUGAAGAAAUUACUUCACAGAAUGGAGGAGGAGAGCUUGCUAUUGCGCUAAACAAUUUUGAUAAACAAAUCAUUGUAGAUCCUCUUGGCUUUAGUGAAGAAAGAUUCAGACCCUCUCUGGAAGAACGAUUGGAGAGUAUUAUCAGUGGUGCUGCUUUGAUGGCUGACUCUUCCUGCACUCGUGAUGAUCGUCGAGAAAGAAUUGUAGCAGAGUGUAAUUCAGUUCGACAGGCUUUACAGGACCUUCUCUCCGAGUACAUGGGAAAUACUGGACGAAAAGAAAGAAGCGAUGCACUUAAUUCUGCAAUUGACAGAAUGACCCGAAAAACGAGAGACCUCCGCAGACAGCUCCGCAAAGCUGUCAUGGAUCAUGUCUCUGAUUCCUUCCUGGAGACCAAUGUUCCACUUCUUGUUCUGAUUGAAGCAGCAAAGAAUGGAAAUGAGAAAGAAGUUAAAGAGUAUGCCCAGGUGUUCCGGGAACAUGCAAACAAGCUUAUUGAGGUGGCCAAUUUGGCAUGCUCAAUAUCCAAUAAUGAGGAAGGUGUGAAACUUGUCCGCAUAUCGGCAAGCCAGCUGGAAGCCCUAUGCCCUCAGGUUAUCAAUGCUGCUUUGGCACUUGCAGCCAAACCACAUAGUAAAGUGGCACAAGAAACAAUGGACCUGUUUAAAGAUCAGUGGGAAAGACAAGUUCGUAUUUUGACUGAUGCUGUUGACGAUAUUACUUCAAUCGAUGAUUUCUUGGCUGUUUCAGAAAACCAUAUUUUGGAGGAUGUUAAUAAAUGUGUAAUAGCACUUCAGGAAAAAGAUGUUGAUGGAUUGGACCGUACAGCUGGCGCAAUCCGUGGUCGUGCAGCUAGAGUUAUACACGUUGUCACUUCAGAAAUGGAUAACUAUGAACCAGGAGUUUACACAGAAAAAGUUCUGGAAGCCACAAAACUUUUGUCAAACACUGUUAUGCCACGAUUCACGGAGCAAGUUGAAGCAGCAGUGGAAGCUCUUAGUGGAGAUCCCCACCAACAGAUGGAUGAAAAUGAGUUUAUUGAUGCAUCUAGACUGGUUUAUGAUGGUAUUCGUGAUAUUCGCAAGGCCGUACUGAUGAUACGGACACCAGAAGAGUUGGAUGACUCUGAUUUUGAGACAGAAGACUUUGAUGUGAGAAGUCGAACAAGCGUUCAGACUGAAGAUGACCAGCUAAUUGCUGGGCAGAGUGCAAGAGCAAUCAUGGCUCAACUUCCACAAGAACAAAAAGCUAAAAUUGCAGAACAGGUUGCUAGCUUUCAAGAAGAAAAGAGUAAACUGGAUGCUGAAGUAUCAAAAUGGGAUGACAGUGGAAAUGAUAUCAUUGUUCUGGCUAAGCAGAUGUGCAUGAUAAUGAUGGAGAUGACAGACUUUACUAGAGGAAAAGGACCACUUAAAAAUACAUCCGAUGUGAUUAGCGCGGCUAAGAAGAUUGCAGAAGCUGGAUCACGAAUGGACAAAUUAGGACGUACUAUAGCUGACCAUUGUCCAGAUUCUACCUGUAAACAAGAUCUUUUGGCAUACCUCCAGCGCAUUGCUCUUUACUGCCACCAGCUUAAUAUUUGUAGCAAGGUCAAGGCUGAAGUUCAGAAUCUUGGAGGAGAGCUGGUAGUCUCGGGAGUUGACAGUGCCAUGUCUCUGAUUCAAGCUGCCAAGAAUUUGAUGAAUGCUGUGGUUCAAACAGUUAAGGCAUCUUAUGUGGCCUCUACAAAGUACCAGAAAUCACAGGGAAUGGCAUCUUUAAAUCUUCCAGCUGUCUCAUGGAAGAUGAAAGCUCCAGAGAAGAAGCCUCUUGUAAAAAGAGAAAAGCAGGAUGAGACACAGACCAAAAUAAAACGUGCAUCUCAGAAGAAACAUGUUAACCCUGUGCAAGCACUUAGUGAAUUUAAAGUUAUGGAGAGCAUAUAAACAAAUAUACCUUAUUUGAACAUAUAUUUACUUAUG